UUUCAUAGCGAAAUUUGAUCACAGUGGAAAAAACUGAACAGAAUCUGAUGAUUAUAAUAUAUGGACUGAUUGAAAGUAAAAGAUAUAUUACUAUAAAUUAUUUGAAUCAAAGAUGAUGGUUACACGAGGUGUUGGGAUCAGACAAUUGAAUCAAACUGUGCUUACUAGAUUUGCAGGUGCGAUUUCUCCUCGUUUCAUCAAAUUCAACAGUACCUCCACCAGCACUACAACCAAUGCAACCACCACUUCAACCAACAACAAUAGCAAUAUUAUCAAUACUAGAUUAGGGAAACGAGUAAUCUCAGUGGAAAAGGAUUUACCUGAUCCAUUCAUUGGUAAGAAACAAAAUCGUAUUUAUUUCGUGGUAUAUGGUAUUGGUGUGAUUGUAUCAUGUGUUAUUAUUUUUAAUUAUGAAAAGACCGGUUCACCAAUCUUAACAUCUACCCUUUAUUAUUUAAGAAGAUCACCUAAAGCCAAACAAAUUCUUGGAGAAGAUAUUAAUUAUGCUUAUAAUUGGCCAUGGAUUAGUGGACCUUUGAAUGUGGUUCAAGGAGAUAUUAAUAUUUCAUUUGAUAUUAAAGGAAAUAAAAAGGUAAAUGAAGAAGGUAAAGAUGAUUUCCAGUAUGGGGUUAUUAAAUUAAGAGCUACAAGAGCAUCUAAAUUAGAACCAUUUAAAAUUCAUGAUUUUAAAUUAGUGGUUAAAGAUGAAUAUGGGAAUUCAUCAGAAUAUGAUUUAAGUAAUGAUGAUGGAUUAGAAUUUGGGUUUUAAACAACUUAAUUCAAGAUUAGUCAAUUUUGUAAAUACGAGAGAUAUUAAAAAUAACAAUGUAAAUAUUAUAGAUAAAAUCAAAUCAAAUAUAAGUAUAAUGAUUG